AUGCCUGCAUCUAAAUGGAAACCCAAUAGCUGUUGUGGUAUCAAUAACCUCUUCGCUCAUAGCGAAACAUUCUACAGUCUAGUCCUAUACGUCUCCCCCUCGUCGACAAACUCGAAAGGAUCUCGAAAAGGCUCUUUGAGAAUAAACGCCUUCAAGUCGAAUAAAGGACCCAAGCGAAAGCCCGAUGGUGAACGAACUUGGUUGAUGGGUAAAUCCAUCAAAGCUCUAGCGCUCAAAGGCAGCUACACCAUUCUCGAGACAGAUCCGAAGGCCUUGCGAGUGGUGGUGCCGAUGUACAAGGAAACGGCAAGCUACUACCAUAUGUGUGAGAAGGUUCCAGUCAAUUGCAGAGAGGUCAUCAAUAUUUCCAUGAAGAUUAUGUUGAAGAACAAAACUCUGCGUCAUACCCAUUCAUGGACCAAAAUCACUACUCUGGCUGGCAAGCUGGAUUCCUUCUACAAGAAGAGUGCCAACUACUCCCUGAAGGAUUUAUCUGCAGUCAAAAUUGACACCAAGAAGACGAAAGGGGAGAGUUUGGGUUCUAAUGGCAUGCUUAGCUUCCUAGGUGUUCAUGCUGUUCCCACUCUAGCUGAAAUCCUAGCCAUGAGUUCUAAUGUCCGUCUACUAGCUUGGCCUGAUCAGGCUACUUGUGAAUUCUCUGAGCUGGACCUCCAGCCAGAUUCCAAGUAUACCAAGGACAAGAAGGGUGACAAGCUUUUUCACUGGUAUGACUACCUGGAUGAUGAGCUUUUCAUCUCCAACCGCGUCCUGCCUGUGAAUGAGCUGCUAAGCACCUGCCGCCAUCCUACAUACUUGAACGCCACAAAUGUCGCCUUUGCCGCUGUUCAAAAGUCCUUCUACCAGGAAGCAACUGAAAAGCGUGCUUUUCGCAAGGAGACCCGAUGUAAACAGCGUGUGCAGUAUGGGUUGAGUGACUAUGAUUCUUCUGAUAGGGAUUCUUCAGCACAUGAAUCUGAAGAGGAAAUAGAGUCUGGAUCUGCCUCUGAUGUUGAGGCUGGAGAGAGUGACCGACACUGCGAAGCGCAAGAGUGA